AUGCGUUUCCAGCUCUUCUCCAUUCUCGCGAUGAUCGCGUCGGUCUCGGCCGUCGAGGUCAACUCGCAGCACGAGGCCCCUGCCUCUGGCGACAAGCCCGCCGACAACUUUGUCCAACUUGACGCUUCCGCCCCGGCCGUUUCUGCCGCUGCCCCCUCUGCCUCCGCUGGCCAGACCGAGGCCGAGCAGAAUGAGGAGGCUUUCGAGGAGGCUGAGGCCGCCAACCCCGAGUCGACUCAGGCUGCUGCCGCCGAGCCCGCUACCAAGGAGAAGUCGAAGACCAACAAGGUCAACACCUCUGUCCUCGAGCCCGCCAAGGGUGUUACCAAGUGGACCGGUACCGAGAUGCCCUCGCAGGACCCUCUCGGUUCCGCCCUCUCCACCUUCAGCACUGGCGGUGGUGGCAUCGGUGGCUCGUUCCUCGACAUGGGCGGUGACACCUCGUACGGCAGCUUCGCCCAGAUGACCAACGAAGGUCACAACGACGGUCUCAAGGACGCCUACGGCAGGCUCGCCGUCAACGGUGACAAGUGGACCUUCACCUACCGCAAGGGCCAGGUCAACGACAACGACUCGUGGUUCUGGUACACGACCCCCGACCCCGGAAACACCGGCAUGGUCCUGACCAAGGCGCGCACCGCUUCGUUUACCUACACUGUCCAGUUCGAGAACGGCUUCGACUGGAAGCUCGGAGGCAAGCUCCCCGGUUGGUACGGUGGUGACUCUGCCGAGGAGGCCAAGCACUGCUCUGGCCACGCCGGCGGCCCUGGCUGCUUCUCUUCGCGUCUCAUGUGGCGCCCCGACGGUGUCGGAGAGAUCUACAACUACUACUGGGGCUCUGAGCAGGCUUACUGCAACGACCCCGCGUCGUACGCCAUCGGCACCGGCCAGAUCAUCUGUCACUCGGGCUCUGGCGACUCGCUCGGCCGCAACUCGUUCAAGUUUGAGGCCGGCAAGCCCGUCACAGUCACCAACACGAUCACCCUCAACACCAUGAACGGUGACAAGCCCAACGCCGACGGCAAGCAGUCGCUCAUCGUCGACGGUGUCAAGGUCAUUGACGCCAACAACCUCGUCAUGCGCCACCACGACCAGGGCCGCAUCCGUGGUCUCUUCUUCUCGACCUUCUUCGGUGGAUCGGGCGGCUCGUGGGCGUGCCCCAAGGACCAGACCGCGACCUUCUCGGACAUCUCGGUCUCGGUUCUCGAGAACUUCUAA